AUGAUGGUGCCUUUGGAUCCAGAUCUCAUCUCGGCGAAACAUCUUCACAUUAUACAUCCAGAGUGAUAAAGAAGACGUACCUAAUCGAGUUGUAUCCUAAUUAUAACUCUGCUGUGGAGAUUGUCAGCAGACGAUGGUGAUGUGGCCCGUGGUUUCGGGGACUUAGUAGUGAAGUCACUUUUGCUCGCCAUCGAUGUUCCACUGAGUCAACAUAAUAAGUUCCUUCUCGCACAGAGUUCUUUUCCGUCAGGAAGGGCAGAGUUUCUUUUCAGAGAGUGAGAGUUGGAGAGAGAAGGCUUCUUAUAAUUAACAGUGACCGUUCUCUUCAAGCCACACUGCUUUUUUCCUGGCAGUCUUCGCACCAUCUUUCUAAGAACUGUUCCAAUCAGUGAGGUACAUAGUAAUUGUCUUACACUGAUGACGGAUCGUCAUGGCAAAGUCCAAGCCGUUAGAUAAGCCACCAGAAUGGGCCGUGCCAGUCGCCCUCCAUCUGGGAUUAUUUGGUGUAGGGAUCAAGGGAACUGAGCCACCUCCUUCUGCUGCUGUGAUAGCAGCCACCAAAGAAGCCUUUGUGGAAAGAGAACAAGCGUCACAAUCACAGAUCAGCUUCAAGACUUCUGGUCCAACCCAGGGUCGGAGCGGUCGCUUCAAACGUCGGUCGCGGUCGUUGUCUCAGUCCUCAACAGAUAGCUACAGUUCUGGCUCCUACAGUGGAAGCUCGUCCGAAGAAGAUGACGUCUCACCCAAAGAAAAAGUUCAGCUUAACUCCAAGAACUUCAAAGACUUCCGCGUACGAAAUAUCAAGCAGGCCGCCUUCGGCAGAAGGGAGAUUGAAAUAGCUGAGCAAGAAAUGCCAGGGUUGAUGCUGCUAAGGAAGAGAGCUGAAGCUGAGAAACCAUUGAAGGGAUCUAAGAUUAUCGGAUGCACUCACAUCACUGCUCAAGCAGCUGUUCUUAUUGAGACCCUGUCUGCUCUUGGUGCCAAUGUGAGAUGGUCAGCAUGCAAUAUCUACUCCACCCAGAACGAGGUGGCAGCGGCCCUGGCUGAGGCUGGCUUCCCUAUCUUCGCUUGGCGUGGUGAGACUGAGGAGGAUUUCUGGUGGUGCAUAGAGAAAUGUAUCAUAGCAGAUGAUUGGCAGCCAAACAUGAUUCUGGAUGACGGGGGCGACGCCACCCACAUGAUGCUCAAGAAGUGCCCUGAGACCUUCAAGCUGAUCAAGGGCAUCGUCGAGGAGUCGGUGACCGGUGUCCACCGUCUCUACCAACUGUCCAAGUCCAACAAGUUGACCGUGCCGGCCAUGAACGUCAACGACUCUGUAACCAAGGUGAAAUUUGACAACCUCUACUGUUGCCGUGAGUCAAUUCUGGAUGCACUAAAGCGCACCACGGACAUCAUGUUCGGUGGUAAGCAGGUCGUUGUUUGUGGUUACGGGGAGGUCGGCAAAGGGUGCUGUUCUGCCCUAAAGGGACUGGGUGCCAUCGUCUACGUCACGGAGAUUGACCCUAUCUGUGCUCUGCAAGGCUGCAUGGAUGGAUUCCGAGUUGUGAAACUGGAGGAGGUUGUACGCAUGGCAGACGUCAUCAUCACUGCAUCUGGUAACAAGAAUGUGGUAUCACGCCAGCACCUUGACCGCAUGAAGAAUGGCUGUAUCGUGUGCAAUAUGGGCCACUCCAAUACCGAGAUAGAUGUGGAUAGUCUACGUACCCCAGACCUGACCUGGGAGAAGGUUCGAUCACAGGUGGAUCACAUCAUCUGGCCCGACGGUAAACGCAUCCUACUCCUCGCACAGGGGCGAUUGGUGAACUGGAGUUGUUCCACCGUGCCGUCAUUCGUAGUAUCCAUCACUGCUACCACUCAGGCGCUUGCUCUCAUUGAACUAUUCAACGCUCCGUCUGGUCGCUAUAAACAGGACGUCUACUUGCUACCCAAGAAACUUGAUGAAUACGUUGCCAGUCUCCAUCUGCCAGCAUUUGAUGCCCACCUGACUGAGCUAACUGACGACCAAGCUAAAUACAUCGGUCUCAAUAAGGCUGGACCUUUCAAGCCAAACUACUACAGGUAUUAACCUAAGGUCAUCACCAAAGAGAGACCUAGACUUGGAAUGGAUAAAGACAAAAGAAAUUAUUAGCAAAAAGCAACAAGAUUGCCAACAACACCUGACAGACUAGAAUCCUGGUAUCGUUGAUGGGUAAAGAACCAAGAUAAACGGAACUGUUUGUUGUUUUACUGAAACGAAGAAAAAAGAAAAAAGAAGAAGAUUAAAACAAAAAUAAGAAUUGUAAUGAAAAGAAAACAAUGGAUAAUAAUAUUAGUAAUGUGAAUAAUACCAAAAUGUGAAAGAAGAA